AUGGCGACCUUAGACGAGUCCUGCGCAACAUGCGCGCGAUACCUCAACACCAUAACCCCCCAAUACGACGAGAAGAGCGAGAAGCCCAAGACACAAGACAGGACUCUAGAUUGCUGCGGGCGGGUUAUAUGUGGAAACUGUAUACUUAGCAAUUCGAGAUUCGCUACAUAUUGUCCCUUUUGUCAGAUUUCCACAACGCCGACUCCUCUCCCGCAAGGCUUGAAGGAUCCUCCCUCCUAUACACCAGCUACAUCGACCUCGAAAGACACCAAUGCCUCAUUACCCAUAAACCCACCCGCAUAUUCAGACGAGCUACCUACAUAUUCCUCCUUAAACACAACGCCCCAAUUUAUUACCACCUCUGAGAAGCAAAAUCCAAAUACAAACGCAAACACACAACCCGCAGAAGACGUCCUCCAUUUCCUAAACCACGACACAGACACCCUCCCAUCCCUCUCUCUACGCUACAACGUGCCCAUCCCCGCACUCCGAAAAACCAACAACCUCACAGCCGACCACCUUUUGCGCGCACGGCGCACGCUACUCAUCCCCGGUGAAUUCUAUAAAGGAGGAGUGUCCCUGAGUCCGCAGCCUAUAGAGGGAGAAGAAGAGGAGCGGCGGAAGGGGACGGUGAGGAAGUGGAUGGUCAGGUGUAAGGUUAGCGAGUAUGAUGUUGCGGUGUUGUAUUUGGAGAACGCGGGGUAUGAUUUUGAUAUGGCUGUGAGUGUGUUUGAGGAUGAUGAGAGGUGGGAGGGGGAGAACCCGCUGAAGGGGAAGGGGAAACAGAAGGGGUGGGAUGUGGGGAGGCGGAGGUUUACUGGGUUGAGGUAG